CCUGCUUUAGCUUUAACCUAACCCUCUAUGGAGUCAGAUGUCGAGAGCUGAGUAAAUUUGUUUCAGGAGUGUGGGGGAGGAAGGAAGCUUGCGGCACCACACGGAUAUUGAACCAGCCAUGUCUAGACCAGAACAAAGCACAGCGAGGAGAAUGUCAGGAUGUGUUGGAUUCAUGAAGAAGCUGGUACGAAAAAAAGUAUUCACAGAUGAUAACAUAGAGGAUACCAGCCUUCAUCGAUGUCUCACGACAUGGGAUCUGAUCGGCCUGGGUAUUGGCAGCACUCUUGGAACUGGGAUCUACAUUGUGGCGGGUCAGGUGGCUAAGCAGACAGCGGGUCCAGCAGUGGUGUUGUCUUUCUUUGUGGCAGGAGUUGCCUCUGCUUUUGCUGGAAUGUGCUAUGCAGAGUUUGCUGCUCGUGUCCCCCGUGCUGGAUCAGCUUAUGUCUACAGUUACGUGACUGUUGGCGAGUUAAUGGCAUUCAUUAUUGGCUGGAAUCUGCUUCUGGAGUACAUUAUAGGCACAGCUAGUGUCGCACGAGCCUGGAGUGCCUACUUCGAUUCCCUGAUUGACAACCAAAUACAAGACUUUUUCAAGAAACAUAUGCCCAUUCAUCUGACUGGUUUUUCAAGCUACCCAGACUUGUUCUCUUUUGCCAUUACACUUCUUCUAACAGCUCUGCUAGCAAUUGGAGUGAAGGAGUCCACGCGCUUUAACAACAUCUUUACUUGCAUCAACCUCUUUGUCAUUGCAUAUGUCAUCAUAUGUGGCUUGUUCAAGGCAAAGAUUCAAAACUGGAAUUUAUCACACGAUGAAGUCCCACCUCAAGCUGGAAGUGGUGGAUUCUUGCCCUUUGGCUUUUCUGGCAUGAUGUCCGGGGCAGCAACCUGCUUUUAUGCAUAUGUAGGCUUUGACUGCAUAGCUACAACAGGAGAAGAAACCAAAAAUCCACAAAAAUCCAUUCCUAUUGGCAUUGUCGUGGCACUGCUUGUGAUUAGCUUCGCCUACUGUGGUAUCUCCGCCAUUGUAACACUCAUGUGUCCUUACUACCUGGUUGAUGCCAAUGCGCCUCUUCCUUUCAUUUUUGAACGUGAAGGAUGGGGGGUUGCACGUUACAUUAUAGCUGUUGGUGCUUUGUGUGGAUUGUCAACAAGUUUGCUGGGCGCUAUGUUUCCACUGCCUCGUGUACUGUAUGCCAUGGGAACUGACGGCGUCAUCUUCCGGUUUAUGGCUAAAGUCAGCCCGCGCUUUAAGACUCCGAUAAUUGGUACUGCCAUCUCUGGAGUGUUUGCAGGUUUUAUGGCCACCAUCUUUGAUCUAGAUGAGCUGGUAGACAUGAUGUCUAUAGGAACCCUGCUGGCAUAUACUCUGGUUGCAGUAUGUGUGCUGAUCCUUAGGUACGAGAUGGAUGAAAAGCUGCCUAUGAUGAACAACGUAAUAUCCACGGCAAAGACAGGUCAGAUGGCAGAUAAAGACUCAGGCGCCAUUAAAAUCAGUCUGUUGCUCCAGCCAUCUUCAGACUUACCUACUCGUGCCUCGUCAUUCAUAGCCAAAUGCUGUGUAGCUUCUAUGUGUUUCUUCAUCACUGUAUUCUCCACAUUCACCGUCCUGUGUUCAACCCAACUGGAGCAGCACCAGGCGUGGGCUGUGACAGUUGCUUCUGUGCUAGGGCUAAUGUGUGUGCUUCCUGUUCUUAUCAUGUAUCGACAACCUCAGGGCCAAACUGCGCUUCCAUUUAAGGUACCUUUUGUGCCCAUUAUUCCAGCUGCUUCUUGUCUCAUCAACAUAUACCUCAUGCUUAAACUAAGCUCUAUGACCUGGGUGCGAUUUGGAAUCUGGAUGUUGAUAGGAUUUGCUGUUUAUUUUGGAUAUGGUCUGAGGAACAGCACUGAAGGAAACCGCCAUGAAAUGCUACCACAAGAGACAAACAUUAACAAAGAUGAUGACGAUGAAACAAGACCACUGCUUUAAAACAGUGGGGUUGGCAGUGUUCUUUUUAUGUAAAGACAGAACAUAGGUAUGGCUGGGGAAGAACAAAGACCCAUUGUGAUUCAGACACACCAAUUCCUUACUAGAAAUGUUAAAAGUAGCAUUUUGCAGCAAGACUAGCUAAGAAGUCAUGGCUUAUAUGAUAGCCAGGGAAUUCAAUAACAUAAGCUGAUCUAUUUGACCAUUUACACGCCUCUGCUGCACAUUUGAAUCACACUGUCAGUCUGGAUUCCUGGUUGCCGUCUCCCUUAUCAAAUCAUAAAUACUAAAACUCAUUUAUGCAAUGUAAUUGUUCAGUAUGGUGAUGCCUCUCCUUAGAAUGCAGAUAUGUGUCUGUGGAGCUGUGUAGUUCUUUGGAAGGGAUGGUGGUGCAUGGAACAUUUUUCACUUAGCACAUUUUAAUGUAGAUUGUGUAAUGCACUGUGCACCUCAGCCUGGUUGGGAAACAGCACUGCAAAAGUUUUCAUAUUUUGUUGACAUUUCUGAAAGUUAAGCAUGAUGAUAUAGGUCUUUUGUUAUCUGCAGCAGCUCUUAUUUUUGUGGCAUUUGGAAUCUGAUGUUGUGUUUAUGAAAAAGCAAUAGAUUUUACUUUUAAAACACAAAAUGACAUGGAAAACUGCCAAGAAACAGUACUUACAAAAUAAAGAUUCACAUUAAGUUAACAAAUUAUGGAAAUUUCAAACUGUGUAUGUUGGCUUCUCUUCAACUGGCAAGUUAUGAUUUUAACAGCUAAAAUAUGUAGUAAAAUGUUUUCUUGCUGUUGCCUUAACAGUUAACUCUUAAAUAAACACUGUAGUGAUUGUUGUGAAGCUAUGUACAAAAACGAAAUUCUAGCAAGCUUAGUCUCCAGUCCUUCCUUAGCUAAAGAGACUGCAUUCCAUGCUGUGCAUUGAAAUACUGACGUGGUGACUAACUCCUUACUUCUCUACUGGGAAUGCUAAAAAAAUAAACUGCAAAUAUGUAUAACCA